AUGGACUUCUUAAAUCGAAGCGCUGUCAACGCCAUCCUACGUCUUUCCGGGUUAAAAAUUGCAGGGCGCUCUUCAGCAGGCCCGAAGAGGAAGCGACUCGGGCCAACCUAUCCGGGUUGUCCCACCCUUUUUCCUUCGGGCCAAUCGUUAGUCAGAGUGGGCGGAGCCGCGCGCCAGCACCUGCGGAUAGAGUGGAGGCCGCGUCGCCUCGGGCAGCAAGUCGGGCACCGGGAAGAGGCGGCAGCCGGCGGGUCCGCGCUGUGGCUGCUGCUGCUCCUCCUUGGAGCUACCAGCAGGUAUUGCGUCGGGCCAACCUCUGCGCGCUACACCCCGGACUGGCCGAGCCUGGAUUCUAGGCCGCUGCGUCGCCAGCCGACGAGCCAAGUUCAGGUGUUCAUCCACUGGGGCGUGUUCUCGGUGCCCGCCUGGGGCGAGUGGUUCUGGUGGAACUGGCAGGGCGAGGAGCGGCCGCAGUGCCAGCGCUUCAUGCGUGACAACUACCCGCCCGGCUUCAGCUACGCCGACUGACGCGUUUGCGCGCUUCUUUUCCACCCGGAGGAGUGGGCCGACCUCUUCAGGCCGCGGGCGCAUAAAGUGAGUUUUUGACGAAUAAAGCAUCAUGAAGGCUUCACAAACUGGCCGAGUCCUGUGUCUUGGAACUGGAACUCCAAGGAUGUGGGGCCUCAUCGGGAUUUGGUUGGUGAAUUGGGAACAGCUCUCCGGAAGAGGAACAUCCGCUAUGGACUAUACCACUCACUCUUGAAAUGGUUCCAUCCACUCUAUCUCACUUGAUAAGAAAAAUGGCUUCAAACACAGUAUUUUUACAUUAGACACCCAAAAACAAUGCAGAGCUGCUGCGACCUUGUUAACAGCUAUAAGCCUGAUACAGUCUGGUCUGAUGGGAGUGGGAAUGUCUGAUACUUUACCUGGAACUCCACAAAUUUUCUUUCCUGGCUCUACAAUGAUAGCCCCGUCAAGGAUGAGGUGGUAGUAAAUGACCGAUGGGGUCAGAACUGUUCCUGUCACCAUGGAGGAUACUAUAACUGUGAAGAUAAAUUCAAGCCACAGAGCUUGCCAGAUCACAAGUGGGAGAUGUGCACCAGCAUUGACAAGUUUUCCUGGGGCUAUCGUCGUGACAUAGCAAUAUCUGAUGUUACAAGAAUCUGA